AGCAAUUAUAAACAAGGGUUAAAAAUAAGUGUAUCCAAAGCAUAGACGUGUUAUCAACUGUCCGCAAUGACUAGCACGUUCUUGUCAAUGCUCUAGGAGUGGACACCUGCGAAGCAAACCUGCAGCAUGGCUUUAGAAGUGGACUACACGGGCGCAGCCAAAGAAUCAACCCUUCUAGCAGAUGUGGCUUUGGCAUGGAAGAGUCUUCGCAAGGCCAAAGGAGCGUUACAGCGAAUUGAAAACAAAUUUGACCAUGAAGACUGGAAUUAUGCCAAAGCACAGAGAGCCAGGAAAAAACUACUAUGCGAAAGGAGUCUGGAAACCGACAGCGGCCACAAGGAAACUGUUUCAAAUGAAAUCAAGACUGAGGAGAGCUGUCUAUCCUGCAGCAGGGCGCCAGCCUCUGCCACAUGCAGCCCCAGCCGAAGGGAAGCCCGGGAUGGCAGAGCUGCAGCUGGCACUCAGCCUGCUCCGGGGACUCUCCGCGUCCUGCGAAACGGGGGCAGUUUUAGUGACACAGGCGAGAAGAGCCCCACCGAACCGAGGGGGGAAGCCCCCCGCUCCUCACAGCAUCUGCCCUCUUCCCCGGAGCAAGUCGCCCCUUGUGUGGCCUGGAGACACACUCCCCUGUGCCCACCAGCCCCGCUCGCCAGGCGCGCCCUCUCUCCCGGCCGCAGCCCUGUGGCUCAGACGCUGGGGGGACUGAGGAGAGGAUCACCCGACCACAAGCUCGAGCGACUCAAGGAGAGAAUUCGGGAGCAGAAGCAGCGACACCAAGGUCUGAUUCGGGGAGCGAAGACGCCCGGUGCGAGCUGCCCCGUAGAACUGCUGCCUCAGCGGCCCCUAGCGAGGAAGGUUCGCAAAGUGGCGUCUGCGCCUCCAGCCCCCGUUUACAGAGGUUUCAAUGCUGCGAAAUUGAAGGUAACUCAGUCUUCCGCCAACGAAGAGCCUGGACUGUCGGAACUGGAAGAAUUAGCCAGCGCCAGGCAAAGUGGGGAUUAUAAAACCAGGAGUCCAGGUCAAGACCAAAGACACACGAGGAGCAGAACGCAAACACACAAGCAGGAGCAGAGAUCCUCCAAGUCUUCCCUCCCCAAGAAAACUCUGAAAGAGAAAGGAUCCAGCUUGUUUGGGGCUUCUGCCUGGCGAGAAGGUCAGAAGCUGGUGAAAAAGUUGCUUGGGCCUCCUCCUAAAUUUCCAAAGCUGGGGAGCAUGUUUGAAGAGCAGAGCCCGCAAAAUGACUCUGAACCUGGUAAAGAAUUUAUAACAACCCCACAGAGGGAACAAAGCUCUAGAGAAAGUGGUGGAAGUGAUCACAUGGGGAACAGCCCUCCGCAGGAAAGCUAUCAGACUACAGCAGGCAGGUCCACUGAAAAUGCACUGAGCAGAGAUGCAAAGCAAAUAUUAAGGGAUCUACAUUUGCCAAACCAAUCUUGUGAGGAAUACAGAAGUUCAAAGCAACAGAAAGGUACCACCACCGGAAACGCAGAAGAUCCAAAGUCGCGUCCAGAAACCAAUCCUUCUUCAACUAAAAUCAAUGGCAUAACUCCCUCUGAUUACAGCAGAGACAAGACCAGGUCCUCAUUAAUGAGAACUGGAAUAGAGCCAAGAAAUUGCCACAGAGGAAAAAGUGCAUCUCUUCCAAGAAGAAAUGGCUCAAACAGCCCAGGACAGAAAGUAUUGGAGAAGGAAAAUGUUAAUCAGCCUGCUAAAAAGAGUAUAAAUGUCAGGAAAUCGCAUUCCUACAGCCUGGAAGAAGUGCAUGAAUUUAUGCACCGAAAGGUUGAGGAAAGAAAGAAGAAAAACCUAGAAGAGAAAAAGUCUUUCAAGCAGGCCAGAGAGACAAGAGCUCAGAGACUGCAGGAGUUGUACAGGAAACAGAAGGAAGCUUUUGCAAAGAAACCAUGUUCCAGGGUGGCACAAACUUUAAACAGGCAAACUGUGCGUGCAACACAAAGUUCUCAGUAUAAACUUGCCCAGGAACAGACAACGAAAAGGAGCCCGGAAAGGAAUUUUACGGAGUGGGUGCCUAGAACAUCACAUGCUUUAUUGAGAAGUGAGGAGCAGGGAAGGAGAGACUUACUUCCAAAGACAGCUCGGCCACCCGAAGCAGCAGAGACAUUCGAUUUUCCUUCUUCCCUGGCAUCUGAAAGUGGGGAUCUCAGCCCUUUGAACCUUAAAGACCUGGCAGUCAGCCCUUUGCCAACGUGGUACCAACCUCCUCAGGGCUUUCUCCUUGCACUGAAAACUGCAAAAUCUGGCCUCAAGGACUCAGCUUCUGCGGACACUUCCAGCCGCCCUCCCUAUAAAAGCACACGGGAUCGAGUGAAGGCCAUUCACUCCCUAGCCACGGAGCUUGGUGAGCGGAUUGAGGCAGCAACGGAAAGGCUGAGGAGAACAAGCAGGCUGCAAGACCCUGGUGGCAACAGAGGAGAGGAAUCUGUAGAACCUCCCCGUUGGGCUUCUCCAUGCCCCAAGCCCAAGAUGCCUAAGAGUGAGAGAAACAGGACCAUGAACAUCCUGGGUGUUCCAAGCCCUAAUGGCUUACGGACGCUGUUAGACUGUGCACCAGAUGGACUGGAUCAGACUCUCUUCUUGCCUAGCCCCGAAGGAGCAGAAGCCCAGAAGAGGAAGGAACAGAUACAGGCUCUUCUGUCCGACACAGCUGCCGUUACUGAGGGGUUACCAUGGAGUUCCAAUUCUGAGAUGCACGGGAAAACCCAGAAGGAUGUGUGCAAAGGUUUCAUUGCAAAGAAGGAAUCGGAUGUGGAAAUGUGCCUACUGCGAAGCAUGCCAAUUGCCAGCAUAGCUUCUCCAUCUGCCACAUACUUCACUAGAAGGCCAGAGAGACAUCCAGCAAAUCAAAGGACUCCCUCCAUCGCUGAUGCUCUUCCUGAAGCCUGGAAUCAAGCCGAAAUGAUUUCACCCUCUCCUAGGCGAAGUCGCGGAGCAUCUCUCAGUCAUGGAUUCGAAUCCUGCGCGUUUCCAGCACGAAGGAUCGGGAUGCAAAAAGAAACUGAGGACAACUUGGGCGGAGACCCCAGAUGCACAGACCCUGCAGAGAGUUACCGGGAUCACUUUGAAACCAUACAGCAAACAUCUCGGAGGCUGGCUGACAAACUGAAGGCCGACCGGCUCCAGCAGGAAGAGCAGCUGGCCAGCCUGCGAGAGAAAGCGCAGCGAGAAGCCGAAGAGAGCCAGAGGUCUUUGGAGGAGCUGCUCACGCAUCGGUUAGCGGGGUUGAAUGGCUCCCGUGCCAGCUGUCCUGCGAGAGCAAGCCUGAAGCACACUAAGCAAGACCAGCGAGAAUAUCAAUUUGAAGGUGCUCCUGAAAGAAAUGAUCCAGCUGGGGUCAGCUUUAGGACACUGUCUCCAAAACAAUCUGCAUGGAACACUGAAAUCAGCUGCAACGUGAUGGAUGCCAUAAAAGCCACGGCGAGAAAAUCCACUGGGGAAGUGAACCUGGAUUCCUCAAUCCAGCAGCGAGGAUCCCCGUCUGCGAAGGGUGGUCACACUCUGCACACACGUCAGUCCUCGUCUUCAUCAGCCAAUCACCCCCCCUGCGAGGCGCUCACAGCCGACGACUCGGGAGACGGCAGUGAAAAAACGGACUCCACGAGCCAGUGGAGCAAAGUUGGUCAGUUCUAUGGAGGGUCCAGCGCCUUUGGCCGGUUUAGUCUGACCAUGGCCGAGCAGUACUUGAAGGAAGAAGAACUACGAGCCCGGCACCGUAGCGCCCUCCUUCGACUCCGGGAAAAAGCUCUUCAGGAGAAAACCAAGGCAGAGCUGGCCUGGCUGGAGCAUCGAAAAAGCUGUCUGGAUGGUCUGCGAGACCGUGAGGAAGUGUCUGCCAUAGCUGAGAAGCAGCAUAAAAUCCUAACCAAGCUGAACAAAGAACAGGCAGAAAUCCAGCACCUGCGAAAUAUCUACAGGGCAGCUCACCAGGAGAGAAAGCUGCUAUUAAAACAGCAGAGAGAAAUCUUACUGAUGCAGCAGUCGACAGCACAACUCCAGCGGGAGCUGCAUGGGUUGACUGGAGGGCCACAGUUCACAAACGGCUCGGCAGACCUUGAAAAAGCAAUAAAGAAGGAGAAGACUGGGACCAUUUCUAGUCCAGCACUAUCCUCCAUGCUGGCAGAAGCUACAGCAUGCUCACAGAGACCUGUUCUGACAAAGGAUGGAGAGAGCUGUGCCCAGUUAAAUAAUACACACAGCAGGAAAUACAAGAGCUUUCCUACCGAGAACGAGAAAACAUCGCUGCAAUGCAGGCAACUGGGAGAGAAGUGGAAGCAAUGGUUAGGUGUACAAGACCCUGCGGUGUUUGGAACAAUGGCCAAGGAACCAUAUGAUUCCAGGGAUCAACGUAUGGGCCCACUUGUGAUGGAAGAAAAUUCUGAACACACAGAGAUGAAUGAUCAGUGCUCAGGUCUCUUACAUUCAGAACACCCAAAUUCAGCUGAAGCGGAUGAAGCUGCACUCACCCCUGUUCCCACGGAAGAUAAACUCCAUGAAUUUCUUCACGAGCGGCGCUCGCACGAGUCUGUCUAUCAGGACCAGCAGAAACGCUCUGAGGCGCCGUGUGGACCUACUCUGAGGGAAUCCGAUCAGGAGGAAAAGAAGUUUGGUUCAAACCAAGCUCUAGCCCUUAAAGACAAUGAGGACAUUAAUACCCAUGACAGUGAGUUUACGACGAAAGCUUUGGGGAUACUUUCCUCUUGGUGUAGCUUGAGCCUUGCUCGACUAGAAAAUAUUCUUCAAGGAACCGGUCAUGCUACCUCAGCCUCAGUGGAAGCAUUAGACAGUGAUUCUCUGACAAUGGAAAAGGUGCAUGAGGAGCAAGGAGGAAGUCAGGAGACUGCGGGGGAAGAGGAAGGCUGGUGCAGGCCAUAUGAGUAUGUUAACGCAUGGCUCUUAAAUGUGGGUGGCAGGACAAAUGUGGACUCCAGACAAGAAUCAGACAUCACUUACAUGGGUGUAAAACACCUCCAGAUGUCUAAAAUCCUUCCACUGCACGAUGUUCCAGUCACUGAAGAAGAAGAAGAAGUAGAAGUGAUAGUAUUUGCCCCAUGUGACAAAAAUCCUGCUGAGGACAAUCAGUUGAUUAAAUUCGAGAGCAAUCAGCUGGAGGAUCUCCCUGAUGACGAGCCUGCUUUGGAAGCGUGUUCAGAGGGACCAGCAUCCCCUGAAUCACAUGACUCAUCUCCGCGAUGUGAGAGCGUAAACUCCUACCAUUCCCUCCCUGAAUUUCAUAGAGUGUCUGCGGUUCGGAUCAGUAUCUCAGAAAGCUCCGUUUCAGCCUCUGAAUUAGAAGCGGAGGCCAUCGAUAACAGCAUCCCUGAGGAGUUUACCAUCCAGCAAGAACUGUCUGGUGGUGGUGAUGAUGAUGAUGUGUUUCCUAACCCUUUGACAAAGGCACAGAGAGCAGUAAGUGAUGGAAAUGAGUUAUUAUCCAGUGAUGUAUGUGAUGAACAAGUGCCCCGUGAUGAUUGCAAUCGUGAGGCCUCAUCGCUCUGUCAUGGCUCUGAAAAACGCCUUGGAGAUGUUUCAGAAUAUGAGCGUGCUUAUGAAUCACAUUCUGUCACUGCCUCAAACAGCCAAAAGCCAACACUAAUCGCCUUAGGGAGAGAAGAACCAUUUUCCUUACGGUUUGAUAGCCCUGCCGAUGGAAGACGUAAGUCAUACGUGGAAGCUUCAGCAUUACCGCCUUGCCCAGAAAACUGCAGCGUAAACAAGAUCCCCUCUCCGGGAAAAUCUGAGCAGGAUGCAGAUUCAUCAACUAGCUCCUUAUCGUAUCAUUAUGACUUUUGUACCGAGGAGACCUUUGGACAACAAAAUUCGGUUUCUGAAACUAGCCAAGCGGAAGAGGAGGGUGAAAGUUUCAAAGUAUCCGUUGGGCCGCAUAAAGUAGCGUUUAUGUGGUUGCCAGCUGAAAGUUCCCUGAAGCAUCUAGCUGUUGUUCCUGAGCAGAUCAAUAACUGUACAUUGCUUCCACCUACAAUGUCCAUGACAAACGAUCAAAUGCCAUUGUUUUCUGUAGACUCUUUGUUGGGCUCCAGAGACGUGUCAGGUUUAGAAGAAGCUAAAACUAAUCAUGCAGAACCUUUAACUGAAGGACACAUAUCCAACAAACCAAACGAAAUUGCUUCUCCGCACUUAUCAAUGCCCACCAGUUCUGAAGAGGCUCCUACAGAAGCUCAAGCCAGUUCAUGUGACAAUCGAACCUUGCAAAGGGCAGCUGCCCCAAAUCAAAAUAACGCGGCAACGGGAAGCCAAACCUCCAAGAAGUCUGAGAUGGUGCCACUUAGUUCUAUCUCCUCCAAAAAACAGCUGUCACAAGCAAAGUGCUGCCCUGCUGAGAGUGCAGAUGAUAUGAUCUUUAUCAGUGAUGAGGUUCUGCCUCCAAUUGAUAACGAUGCCUUGUCAGAAAUACUGUCUCCUGUUGAUGAUGUGCUAUCCUACGGAAGUGCCGACUUGCCAUGGUCUAAUAAAAAUGAUUUCUCAUUGUCCAGCGAGGACCUUCCCACCUCCCCCGAAGAGGGAGGGGGGGUAAAAAGUGGUGACACUAGCUUCGGCACGGAAGACUUCCCUUCUCCACCAGAACAAAUGACAUUCUCAGAGAUGAGCGAUUCACACCAUUCUCGGAAAGAAGUCGUGUCAGGUCACAUGGACGAGACACUCUCAGUAUGGCACAGCCCUGUGCCUGAAGAACUGCCCUCGCCGUCUCCAGAGCUGUUGAAUGUUUCUUCAGCUCAGGAUGGAACUGUCUCUGGAUGCUGUUGGGGUGAAGAUGUUAUUUCAGGCCGAAAGAAGGACUUAUCUGAACACGUGACAGCAGGAAAUGAGACAACAUUACAGCCUCUAGUCUCGCUCGGUGUGUCAAUUCCCAUUUCUUCAGGUCAAGCCAUUACAAAGCUAGGACAUGUAAAGGAACGAAGCAAGCCCUUCUUAACUCUAUCCAAAGCUUGGGAAGACAAUGAUGACCCUUUAUUAGCAUUUGAAGUUGGAGACAGAGUAUUAGUGAAGCACAUCCAGCCAGGUACCCUGCUGUUCAAGGGAUGUACCCAUUUUGAUGAAGGUUAUUGGGCUGGCGUGGCACUUGACAAACCGGAAGGCGAUCAUGAUGGAACUUAUGGAGGAGUGAAAUACUUUGAGUGCACUAAAUAUUGUGGCAUCUUUGUCAAACCGGAUCAAAUUUCACAUCUUUUGGAGGGUAAUGACAAAAGUUCUGGUUACACUGGGGAUGAAGAUUCAUUUUCUGAUGAUGGAGCAUCCAGAGGGGACUACAAAUGUACAGAUGAUAACCAGCAGGGACCAGAAUAUAGAGAGCAGAGAUCCAAAGAUACAGACAGCAUAAGAGGUUCAGCAAUGGAAGAAAGCAAGUUUAGAUCACACAUGCCCAUGCCACCAGAAGAUCAGUAUAUGUCCAAUGAAUUCCCUUGUGAAGUUCACUUAGUACAUCUAGAACCAGAUAAAGAAACAAGAGGGUGGACCCUUGUAAAGCAAAAGUCAAUUGUAGAUGUGCUUCCAAUGAGAAAUGAGGACAGUAACACAGAAGAAGUAAACAAGAGCAAAUAUAUUAGCUGCUUGUUGAAAGAUCAAGAAAGAGCGUGCCUUUGA